AUGGCCCUCAGUAUCCGGCAGAAGAGGGUGCGAAGAAUCUCCGGAGACCCAGUCCAUGGGGUUGUGGUGCAAGGCCCUGUGGAUGGUCUGGCUACUGGCACCCCACUCUAUAGUGUGGCGGUGCAAGGCACUAUAGAUGGAAGGACUACUUGUAGACCAAGGGGUUGGAGGUUUGGUACCUGGAAUGUAGGCACGUUGACAGGAAGAAGUUUGGAAGUGGUGGAGGAGCUGCAGAGGAGAAUGGUUGACGUGGCUGCAUUACAGGAGAUCAGAUGGAAGGGUGAGGGUACAAGGUUUGUGGGGGCUAAAAGUGGAAGAUAUAAGUUGUGGUGGAAGGGGGAUGAUGGUACGGGAGGAGUUGGUGUGAUGGUAAGAGAAGAGUUGGUGGAGAAGGUGUUGGAAGUGAGGCGGAGAAGCAAUGGGGUAAUUGUGGUGGUGAUGGUGUUUGGAAAAGUAAUAGUGAGGGUGAUAUCAGGAUAUGCUCCGCAACAAAGUAGGAAGGAAGAGGAGAAGGAUAGGUUUUAUGAUGAUGUUUCUGACGAGAUCGGGCAAGCGGGGUUGAAUGAGUUUGUGGUGUUGUUGGGUGAUUUGAAUGGUCAUGUGGGGGCGGAUGCAGACGGAUAUGAAGGUGUACAUGGGGGAUGGGGAUAUGGUAUACGGAAUGAGGAAGGGCGUAGAGUGUUGUAG